AUGAGAUUUCUUCAAAUUAAUACCUGUUUUCCCGGGGCAACUCACGACUCUUUCGUUUUGAGCAACUCGGGAUUGUCAGGUGUUAUGGAACAUCUCGAAGGCGGUGGGUGGUUACAUGGGGAUUCUGGCUACCCUCUCAAGGAAUGGCUCUUAACGCCAUUCUUAUCCCCAGCCAAUCAACACGAAGUGAAUUACAACGAUGCCCAUGGAAAGACUCGUGUUGUCAUAGAAAAAUCGUUUGGGGUAUUAAAAUCCAGAUUUAGGUGUUUACAUCGAACUGGAGGAGUACUCCCCUUUUCACCAAGUAGAUGUUCUCAAAUUAUUCAAUGCUGUAUCCGGCUUCAUAAUUUAGCUGUUUCAGAGAAAGUCCCCUUACUUGAGGGUGGGGUUGUACAGAACAUCAAUGACAAUGCCGUGUUUAACGCAAACGCACCAAGGAGAGCACAGGAUGUGCGCAUUCAAGUUGCAAAUUUAUUUUAACAAUUCAUCUAUUCAUUAAAUCACACACUUACAUUGUAAUAAAGAACAUGACUACUUUAUCAUUUUGUGUUCAAAUUUAUUAAAUGCCAAAUUUGUUUUCAAAUGCCGCCGCUAUUCUCUCUAGGGCAUCUGCUUUUCUCUCC